AUGGAGGCUUAUCGUUCAUGGAUGCAAAUCCAGACAGCGACGGACGCGAUGAUGUGCAGAGGAUUUUCAAUCACACUCACAGGAUCCGCUUGGUGUUGGUACCACCAGCUCAAACCCAACUCUAUUGGAUCCUUCGUAGAGCUUAGCCGAUCAUUUCUUACCCAAUUCAUAAGCGGUAAGAAGAGUCGGAAACCAAACACCCAUCUGUUCACUAUCAAACAAGAGCUAAAGGAAUCAUUGAAAGACUACAUCGCUCGUUUCAAUGAAAAAGCAUUACAGGUGGAGGGCUAUGACGACAAGAUGAUGCUCUCUGCGAUGUUCAGUGGUCUAAAAGAGAAAAAGUUUGCAUUCUCCAUCGGGAAGAAUCCUCCGAAGACAUUAGCCGAGCUCAUCACUAAAGCUCAAAAGUACACUAACGAUAACGAAUUCUCCAACGCCCGUAAGAAUGUUCAAGUAACAGAGCCGACUGGCAAAGAGAAGAGGCCAAGAAACGAAGAACCUCAGAUGCCCAGCAAAGGGCCAGAUGACCGCGCUCCCCACGACCGUCAUCUAAGAAGGAAAUCAGAGGGUAAAUUCCAUUCUUACACCCCUCUCAACACAUCCACCGAGCAUAUUUUACUGGACAUCCGAGGGCAUAAGCUUCUGAAUUGA